AUGAUAGAGGAAGGUGCCCCCAGCUCCAGUGAGGGCCAGCAAGGCCAUUUCCUGGCCAGGAACGGCAACGACAGCUCCUUGGACCUGGACUCUGUGGUGCAGCCUCUUGCCCUGAACCCCUGGGACGUUGUUCUCUGCAUCUCUGGGACCAUCAUCUCCUGUGAGAAUGCCAUCGUGGUGGUGGUCAUCUUCUACACCCCAGCGUUCCGGGCUCCCACGUUCCUCCUCAUCGGCAGCCUGGCCACAGCCGACCUGCUGGCUGGCCUGGGGCUGAUCCUGCACUUCGCCUUUGUCUACUUCAUGCCGUCGGAGGCAGGCAGCCUGCUCACCAUGGGGCUCCUGGUCACCUCCUUCACAGCCAGCGUCAGCAGCCUGCUGGCCAUCACCAUCGACCGCUACCUGUCCCUCUGCAGCGCCCUGACCUACUACUCGGCCAGGACGGUCACCAGGACUUACAUCAUGCUGCUCCUCACCUGGGGAGCCUCCAUCUGCUAUGGGCUCCUGCCCAUCAUGGGCUGGAAUUGCCUGAAGGAGCCCUCCGCCUGCAGCAUCGUCAAGCCUCUGACGAAGAACCACCUCCUCAUCCUCUCCGUCUCCUUCUUCCUGGUGUUCGCGGUGAUGCUGCAGCUCUACGCGCGGAUCUGCAGGAUCGUGUGCCGGCACGCCCACCAGAUCGCCAUCCAGAGGCACUUCCUGGCCAGCUCCCACUACGUCACCACCCGAAAGGGCAUCGCCACCUUGGCUGUCAUCCUGGGCACCUUCGCCUCGUGCUGGUUGCCCUUUGCCCUGUGCUGCCUGCUGGGGGACUACAGCUCCCCCGCGCUCUACACCUACGCCACGCUGCUCCCCGCCACCUCCAACUCCCUGCUCAAUCCUCUCAUUUACGCUUUCCGGAACCAGGAGAUCCAGAAAGUGCUCUGGACGGUGUGCUGCGGCUGCUUCUCCCCCACCCUGCCCUUCCGCUCCCGCUCUCCCAGCGACGUCUGA